ACAACAACUAUCCAGGUAAUUACGUUAGGAAUUUUCCAUUAGAGGUAAUGAAAAAAGAGCUAACUUACACGGCCAGUAAAAACCUCCAUUAUCUGAAAGUGAGCUUUAAAUGGGACAUAGCGGGUGAUAUUUUAACACGUCAACUCAAAAGAUCUGCUGAUAGGACGUUUCACGCUGCCAAGUUACAUGUAAUCUACAUCGAUUAACAGCGCCAUUCUUUCUCACUUGGUGGACGGUAAGCAUCAUAUCAAAAUAGAUGGAGCUUUCUCUUUUUUUAUACGAAGUUCCAAAUAAUCUACCUAAAAGAGCUAGAUAACGGCUACUCUACAUCGCUGAAUCCAUGUGGAUCAACUCCAAAAAACUGAACUUAUGUGUACAGGAGUAUAUCAAGCAUCUAUGUUUACUUUGCUCCGCGACUGGAUCACCGGAUACCUAUAUUGGAUAUUAUUAACCUCUUAUUCCUCUUCCCACUUCCUUUCGUGUUUACAUCUUUCAUAAACUUCACAAUCAUUUGUCCCAAUUCAUACGAAUUCCUUUUCAUUGCAACUGCCUUGAUAACACCUCUCUUAUUACAAAUUAUAUUCACAUAAUGUUCAUAUUAUUAUUACUACCUCGAGUAACAAAACUAAAUUCUUAUACUAUGCAUUUUAUUCACACGAUUUUUUAUUUCGUUAUAUUAUAUUGAUCGUGACUUGACACUUUACUGCAAAUCAUUCUGACCCUUAUUAAAUGACCUACUAAUUUACAAAUAACACAAUUUUGGAGUCUUUAUACUAUAAUAGAUGCAAAGGUUCGCCCUUUUUGACAUAUAACAUUGCCGAAUUCAUUAAUGCCUGACUUAUUUUGACCUUUGUAAAAUAUCACAAUAAUUAUGGACUUAUGACUGUAGAGCCUGAUGAUGACGUUAUCGAAAACAAUUAUUCGUUUAAAUAUUCUUUGUUUUUAAAUAUUUUGCAAACGUGGUUCCUGCUUUGUAUUUGGAAUUGUCAUUGGUGUUCUGUUGUGAAAGUGUAACUAAGAAGGUCAAGCGACACGUAACCACAGCCAGAAAUUAUUCCUCUUUAUCCAGGUAUCAGGAGUGUGUAGUAUCAUCCACGCAAUCACAUUUGGAGGAUCUCGUAGCCUUCUCUAUAAAUAUGAAAUAGUUAGGUAUUUUGCUUUCUUCGGUUUUGUUUUGUUUAAUUUGAUUUUUCAGGGUCCAGUCAUGGUUACAGAAUGCUUGAAACCUUAUGCAUCACAUAUUCGGGUACAUUUUGUUUCAAAUAUAGAUGGAACACACAUUGCGGAAACAUUAAAGAAAGUAAAUUCAGAGACAGUUCUGUUUAUCAUCGCCUCCAAGACCUUCACUACCAUUGAAACGAUGACCAAUGCUAAUUCUGCCAAAGAAUGGUUCUUAGAACAUGCGAAAAAUGUUUCUCACGUGGCCAAGCACUUUGUCGCCUUAUCAACUAAUGCAACAGAAGUCUGCAAAUUUGGCAUAGCACCGGAAAACAUGUUUGAGUUUUGGGAUUGGGUUGGAGGUCGUUACUCAUUAUGGUCUGCCAUAGGUUUAUCUAUAGCUCUUUACGUAGGUAUGGAGAAUUUCAUUAAAUUGUUGGAAGGAGCUCAUGAAAUGGAUAAACAUUUCAAAGAAACGCCAUUACAUAAAAACCUUCCUGUCAUCCUAGCUGUGUUAGGUGUAAUGUAUAUCAAUAUUUAUGGGGCAGAAACUCAAGCGAUUCUACCAUACGAUCAAUAUAUGUCACGCUUUGCUGCAUAUUUCCAACAAGGUGAUAUGGAAUCAAAUGGAAAGUUUGUUAGACGUGAUGGCAAAGAAGUUGAUUAUUCCACUGGUCCCAUAGUUUGGGGUGAACCAGGAACAAAUGGUCAACAUGCAUUUUAUCAACUUAUUCAUCAAGGCACACGGUUAAUCCCAUGUGAUUUCUUGAUACCAGUACAUACACACAAUCCAGUUCAAGGUGGCUUACAUCAUGAGAUUCUCCUAUCUAAUUUUUUGGCUCAAACUGAAGCUUUAAUGACUGGUAAAACAAAAGAAGAAGUUCAUAAGGAAUUGUUUGCUGCUGGAGUUACUGGCGACUUAUUAAAUUCACUUGCAUUGCAUAAAAGUUUCAAGGGUAAUCGUCCAUCUAAUUCCAUUGUGUUCACCAAAUUGACACCAUAUAUUUUGGGCGCUUUGAUUGCUAUGUAUGAACAUAAGAUAUUUGUUCAAGGAAUUAUAUGGAAUAUUAAUUCUUUUGAUCAAUGGGGUGUGGAGCUGGGAAAAGUGUUAGCCAAGAAAAUUCAACCAGAAUUAACUACCAAUGAGCUGGUUACUAGUCAUGACUCUUCAACAAAUGGAUUAAUUGCAUUUAUUAAAAAUCAUCGAAAGUAAAAUCAUGGUUGCCACAGGGAAAAAAUAAAGAAAACAAUCGGAAAAUCUUAAUGAAUUCAAUCAAUUCAAGCUUUCCAGUCUAAUAUCAGUUUAUGGAAAACCAUGACAUGAGAAGUCGUUAAAUCAAUGCAAUAAAAUAAAGUAUACGAUUACUAAAUAAUAAUUUGAUCGGUCACUGAAUUGAAAUCUCUUAAGUUUUAGUUAAACAAGUAAGACCAUUUGACCCUUAUAUUCGACUUGCUUGUAUAUGAUUUGUUAUAUCCCAACACAGAAUAAUUGAAUAUUAACUUUUAAUAAUUAUUUAUGGACAAUUAUUAUAUAUAUUCUUAUUGGAUAAUUAUUAAGUAACU